GAACCUGGUCAAUAUGACGACGACCCACAGUCCAACACGAGAGAACGAGUUUCAUUAAACAAUAAAGUCAUGUAACAUUAGUCAAGUUUAUUUUUUCUUUUUCUAUAAAGAUGACUUUACGCAAUUGACGCAAACGCCGAGGAGGAGCCUCCAAACAAACAUGGCGCCCUUCACGUACAGCAGACUUUCUCAUUUACUGAGAACAUCCGUCAACAAAGCUGCAGCUUCACGAACAGCGAGCGAAAGAAAACUCGGACCUGCGUGUUGUUUACAGCUCACACGCUGCCAGAGGUCAGCGGACAGUAACUUACAGGAGAGGCAGAAGCAGCAGAUGUCCAGAGGUCUCCCCAAACAGAAGCCGAUCACAGGAGUCAAACAGGUCAUCGUCGUGGCCUCGGGGAAAGGUGGCGUGGGCAAGUCCACCACAGCAGUGAAUCUGGCACUUGGAUUAAUGGCCAACGAUGCUACAAAGUCAGUCGGUUUGUUGGACGCUGACGUCUACGGUCCGUCGAUCCCCAAACUGAUGAACCUGAAGGGAAACCCAGAGCUCACUGACAACAAUCUGAUGAUCCCACUCACCAACUAUGGGAUUCCUUGCAUGUCGAUGGGUUUCCUGGUGGAGGAAGUGGCUCCGAUCGUGUGGAGGGGGCUGAUGGUGAUGUCAGCGAUAGAGAAAAUGCUCAGACAGGUGGACUGGGGGUCGUUGGACUAUUUGGUUGUCGACAUGCCUCCCGGGACAGGAGACGUCCAACUGUCAAUUACCCAAAACGUCCCGAUAGCAGGAGCUGUAAUCGUGUCCACGCCGCAGGACAUCGCUCUGCUGGACGCUCGCAGAGGAGCCGAGAUGUUCAAGAAAGUUAAUGUGCCGGUAAUCUGUGUUCUCGGUCUGGUUCAGAACAUGAGCGUCUUCCAGUGUCCAAACUGUAACCACCAGACUCACAUCUUCGGCUCUGACGGGGCCCGACAGCUCGCUGACACUCUGGGGGUCGAGUUAUUGGGUGACGUUCCUCUUCACCUGAACAUCAGAGAGACGUCAGACAGAGGACAACCAGUGGUCAUCUCCUCCCCAGACAGCUCAGAGGUUUCUAUUCUAUCUGAUUCUAUUCUAUAUUGAAGAUUAACG